UUUGCUACGAUAUUACGCUUGCGUUUGAAGAUUUAUUUUGUUUUUCGAACCGUUGCUCAAUGGCAACUUGUACGCCAUCUAGCGGUGAUCGGAGAAUUAACGUGAUCUAAACGGCAGCUGGCGGGAUUGUUCAACGGUCGUUCGAUUGAAUCCCGUUUCACGAAUCGGUACAUGCCAUGCCAUCUGACGGUCGUUUCGCACAUGACGUUGUAAUUGAGCGCACAGUUCGUAAUUGUGAAAUGCUUCCAUUCUCGGUAUUAUUAUGUAGGUUUCACUUGAAAUGGGCAAUUGGAUCGAUACAGUAGUAGGUUAAAUUCAGGGCCGCGUUCUAUUAACCACAUCUCGUCGAUCUAGAUAUUCAACUCCCCCCUCCCUUAAUCGAGAACUUGCGCUUAAUAAAGAGCGUCAUUGACUAGGGCACGAUUUUUCGUUGCUUUCCAUCAAAAAGUUGCUUACUCAAAAAAAUUCCGGUCCAAUCCGCCCCCUCCAAAGUUGUUAUGUUGAAUGAUGGAAAAUAAAAAACACGCACAUGGCACACCAUUUUUCAUUAUCGUGGUAAGGGAAUGUCACGUGCGGUUGCCCGCACCGAAUGCGAGUCGAAGGACGGCCAUGUUUCCAGUCGGCGUGAAGCUGCUGUUGCUUUGGAAAUUCUUGUCGGGCUUCACCACCCUUAUCAAACGAAAAUUGCGUGAAUAUUAAACUACCGCAAAUAUUUUUCCCCUUGUCUUUUUCCCGUGUACGCACGGAGACAUCAAAUGGUAGCAUCUAGACCAUUGUGUGAUUGAUUCGCUCGGUCCAUUCGGUUUCAUCGCCUUUUGGCCCGCCUUUUACGUGUUCCUGGACCGUCUGGGAUGCCGGAAUGAAUCAAAAGACGAUUGAUGAUGGAUAGGACUAAAUAUUUGGCUGUGUGAUAUUGUCGACGCAGUAAUCUACGACGACGGGUCAUUGUUCUUCCGUUCGUUGACUUUUUAUUUUAUUUUUUCUCUUGUGAACGGUUCACUUUUAUUAGCAUCAGCUGCUUUUCGACAUUUUCACGUUGCUCGACAUACCAGACGUGAGUUGUCGUGGAUUUCUUGUGACACUCUAGAAGUUGGUUGAUGGUUAACUCGUUAGUGUACAGAAACAAAGCAAAUAAUGGCCGCUGUCGCACGUGUUUUGCUGUUGAUGUCAACGUUAAAUACGACAACUGGCCAGCCUUGUCGCCCUGCUCGAGUCUGCAUCGUGCGCCAAAAAGGGGUCGACUUGCACCUUUCGCCGACAAAGUUCUCCGCUCCAAAAUACACCUCAUCAACGGCCGGCCGACGGAGUGACUCUCUCCCACUUCUCUUCGGCGAUCGAGGUCAAUGGGAAGCCCUCCGAGUUGGGGUCCAAGUCGUUUGUCAUUCUAUACUCGGUAUUAUUUAUAACCACUGAAAAGGCGUCGUGACAUUGCCAGUUGCCACUGACGGGGGCCUGUCUCGCUCACUUUCGUCCACCCCAUUUCUCCCUGCCGUAACACAGAGGGGAGACGGACGAAAGGAGCUGGACGGAAUGGAGAAAAGGUAAAGAAGGAAUCGAAGGAAGGAGUGAGAAAGAAAAAGAGAGAGAGAGAGAGAGAGAGAGAGAAGACAUUCCAUUUGAGAAAAAAUAAAACCAAGAUGAGUAUGUCCACGAAUAGAAUUUUUUCUUGGCAAGCAGCCGUUUACCGAUGAAAACGAGAGCCUCUUGGCCGUCUGAAGCGUUGCCGGACGUAUCCCGAGCCCGCACCAAUAGGGCCGCAUGCAGUCAGUCCUCAAACCUCAAACGGUUUGAGCGCCGACAUCACAGCCUGUGCUGAGAGACAUUUGGUCCGACACCAGCAGCUCAACUCCAACACGCGAAAAGUGGGUCAGAUUCUUUAUCCUGGCCGGCUAGACUAGACUGCCGAUUGUUCGCCGAACAAAAAAAACCAACCCCCCAAAAAUUGUUUGUACGUGUGUUAUUACAGAAAAGGCGAUUGUGCUAGCGUCCGCUCGGCGGCGGUGUGCGAUCCGAUAUCCAGUCAGACGUUUCCCGUUCCAUUUUGGCAAUCUCAUCAACUCUGCUGCUGGACUGUAGAGAUUAUCGGCACGCUUUGCCGUGCUGAUACGAGCGGCGAUUCCAGCAUGUCGUUAAGAGGCAUUCGAUCGCGAUUGCGUCAGGGCGGCGGUGGCGGCAGCGGCAGCGGCGGAGGUUGCGAUUCCGAUCAAGGAAGUCCCUCUAGAUCAGCGUCUUUCUUUCAACAGCUGGCGGCUUUUUUGGGUCCCGAUGAACCGACUUCCUCGAAAGGAUCCUACUCCCAAGAGGAUGACGGCGCCAAUCCAGGCGGAACAAACUUGGAAGACCAACUCCUGUCGCUGGUGGUCAUGGCCAAGGGAGGGAGAUCGUCGGCGGCGGCCAUGGAGACGGACGCGGCCGGGACUGCCAGUAGCCAAUCGGAUACGUCGGAACCCAACAGCAUCGAGCAAACCAAUUUUCAACAGCAGCAACAGCUGAAACAAGCCAACGCCAGCCCGGGAUCACAGCACAUGACGGUCCAUAGAUUGGCCAACGAGAGUUCAGUCGAUUUAACGGGAAGCGACCGCGAUACAGACAAAGAAGGAAGUUUGACGGACUUGAACGACGUUGUCCGCCCUCGCCGUUCGGUGGCCCAGAGUAUACGACGCCGAGCGAUGCAAUCAGCCAAAUCUGGCGCCGAACUCCAGGAACAGCCGUCGAAUUCCUGUCCUGGACAAACUCCUCGAAGGAACCGGUUCGCUCAUCGCGAUAAGAGGCGAUCCGAGCGCAGCAUAUCGCUGGAUCGUUCCAUCAGAAGCGCCAGCAUCCCACCAUCCCUGGACAAGGACGACACUGGGUCCACUCUGACAAGAAAUGACGAAAUGUCGCAGGCGAGCAAGGAGGCUGCUGCUGGCAUUGGAGACACUUCAUCCCGGCUGCCUCAUCACCGCAUCGCCGCCUGGGCCCGCGAGCUGAUGGACGAUCUCCAAUCGAUUGAGGAUGAAACGGAUCAGGGACAGGGUUCGCCCAAAGAGAAUAACGCCGAUGAUCUUGGAGACAGUCUGGCUGUCAAGAGGUUGAAGAAUAACAUUUUGAGAUUUGGACGAAUCACUGGAGCUAUUUCAUCCUCUUGCGAUUCAAUUCAGUCGAUCCGCCAAUGGCAGUCACCCACAGCUUCCAUCUUGUUCCUUCUGGUUUCCUCUUACGCCAUAUGGCAUGGUUUGUUUCUCGUGCUAGUCGUCGCUGCCAGUCUGUGGAAGUUGACGAUAAAUUACCUCACUUCCCAAGGCUGGCUGCGACACUUUGGCUGGACAAUUGGCGGAGAUCAUCAAGAUGCAGACGAGUCGUCCAACGACGGAAACAAAUCGUCGACUAGCGUCAUCGAAAGUGUUUCCGUCAUCCUCCAAGUGGCUAGAAAAGUUCAAAAUCAGCUGGGCAACGUCUGCGACGCUGCGGAAAAAAUCAAAAAUUUGCUCAUGUGGCGUCACGAAGCCUCGCGCCGGCUCUACCUGAUUCUCUGGCUGGCGCUGCUCGUAACUCUUCUGGUGCCUGCAGCUCAGCUCUCCACCUUCGUUGGCUUCUACCUGCUCUUGAAAGUAAUGAUAGUUGACUACGUCUUCUUCAAGUUCCCGCGUCUACGUGCCAAGUACGACACGUCCUCGCUCAUCUGGCAGACGCUGCCCACCGACGCCGACUUGGACGCUCGUCGCAAAGUCGAACAGGGCUUGCGCAACGCCGCAGCGUCAGCAGCCAAUGCAGAGACGCGAACUUUCUGGGAAUCUUUCAACCUUCCACCCAACGAGCAUCCGCUGUCAGGAUGGCAAAAUGGGUUGCGAGCAACACUGGUGAACCGGGACAAAUCACUGACGUCGUCCUUUAAGUCCGGCCGGCUCUUUCUCACCCCCAGUUAUCUUUGCUUUGAACGGUCCAAGACGCAGCCGGGCAAGAACGUGGUUAUUCCGCUGGACAGGAUUAUUCGUUUGGAAAAGGGCAACCAAUACAGCUGGAUACCCGGCGGUGGAAUGAUUAUCGAAGUUUUCGUUCAAGGACUAGAUCGGGCCUACACUUUCGGCGCCAUCAUGAACCGUGACGAUGUUUUCAAUAGCAUCCGCGAUGCGGCGGAGGGACUCGGCUGCAUCUGGCGCCAAGACAACAACAAAUCCGGAUCGUCAUAACUAAUCUCCAAAAGACUCCUAAGCCAAAAGACUCGCUGGCACCCAGUGACGGCUCAACAUCUUCCUUGAACAUCUCCUCUUCUUUCUUCCGAUUUCCCUCCCCCCCCCCCCCUCGUGUUUUGUAGCAUCCGCAGACUAAAAUGAGCUUAUUUAUCCCUCCUUCCCUCCCUUCUCUCAAUAUAUACACACACACACAUACACACACACACACACACACACACACACACACACACACACACACACACACACACACACACACUACAUAAUACAUCAUAUGUGUAUAUAUGUAUACGUUGUACCCAGUGUAAAUACAGAAAUUGCAAGGA